GUUUUGCUUAAACCCCGUCUUCGAUUCUUCAUCGUCUGCUUCCAUCGCAGAAUCUUCACGAUCACCAGAAGUAACAAGACAGCAAUUCAUACACUAGAACAAAUACUAUGGGGAAGAAAAAACAGAAGCAGAAGGUGGUGCUACCACCAGAGCUUCCACCAGAGGUGCCUGAGGAUGAAAUUGAAGUCUCGGAUGAGGACUUGGAAUUUGUCAAUAGAAACAAAGAGUAUGCUGGCUUCGUAUCAAAAUUGGAUACUCAGUCAAUUACGAGGCAUGUCAACCGUGUUGCGGAUGUGAAAGAAGAUGCUCUGGAGUCUUUGUAUGAGAAACGAUUGAGGAAGAAAUCAUUAGCUGCUACUGAAAAUAUUCAGCACGAAGUUGAUCCUGUAGAUGCUCUCCCUGUGAAGACCUUAGAUGGAGAAGUCUACUACAGGACAGUGUCGAAGGCCCCAAAUAAAUUCCAGAGUGCACAUGAUGAGGACGAGACUGUGGGUGAAAAUGAAGACGUAGGCAGAGACAACAGUGUUGUGAAGUUGACAAAAGCAGAAAAACGAGCAAAGUUCAAAAAACUGCGAAAAGAGGCAAAAAAACAAGGGAAGGAGGUGGUGGAAGAAGAGGAAGUGGAACCAAGCUCUCAAGCUGAUGUUUUGGCUGAAGUUGAAAAAGAUCUAUCAGCUGAAGAAGCCAACGAGAAGAGGAAGUUUAGGCUUGCUGAGCUCGGAACAGCAAUGCUCACAGAUCCUGAAGCCAAUAUUAAAUCCUUAAAAGAGAUGCUUCAAAUCUGUAAAGAUGGAGAUCAGGCUACAUCAAUACUUGGUCUAAAGUCUUUGUUAGCUGUUUUCAAGGACAUAAUCCCUGGCACUCGCAUAAGGCUACCUACUGAGAAGGAGCUGGCAAUGGUUGUAUCAAAGGAGGUUAAGAAGACUCGCUUCUAUGAAUCCACUCUCCUAACUGUGUACAAGGCAUACCUCCAGAAACUGAUGGCAUUGGAGAAAGUAUCAAGUUUCAAGCGUGUGGCUAUUCGCUGCAUAUGUACUCUGCUCGAGGCAAACCCACGCUUCAAUUUUCGCGAGAGCUUACUGGGAGUUGUUAUAAAUAAUAUAAGCUCCACAGAUGAUGUCAUAAGGAAACUAUGUUGCAAUGCAAUUAAGUCACUUUUCACAAACGAGGGAAAACAUGGUGGUGAACUUACUGUGGAGGCUGUUCAACUUAUUGCAAAUCUCGUAAAAGAUCAUGAUUGUCAUUUGCAUCCUGAUUCUGUUGAGGUUUUCUUGUCUCUCUCAUUUGAUGAGGAUCUUCGGAAGCCUGAAGUUGCAAAACCUAACCGUAAGGCAAAAAACAAAAAAUAUAAGAUAGGAAAUAGAAAUGAGGAUAAAAAUCAAUUGCUAGCAAAUGAUAAAAAGAAGAGUAAGCAGGAAAUGAUCUCAAAGACAAGAGAGGAGGUAAAAGCUGAGUUCAUGGCUGCAUCAUUUGCCCAAGAUGCAAUGGAAAAAAGAAGGAUACAGUCUGAUACUCUUUCUUCUGUAUUUCAAACAUACUUCCGUAUUUUAAAGCAUGCCAUGCGGCCAGGAUCGGAAGCAAAUGGAUUUCCAGCCAGUCCAUUUGGGGAGCAUCCACUUCUUGCUCCAUGUUUGAAUGGAAUUGGAAAAUUUUCUCAUCUGAUCGAUUUGGAUUUCAUGGCUGAUCUCAUGAACUACCUUAGAAGGCUUGCUGGAGGAAGUAUUGAUGCCAAUCGUCCAUCAGAGAAUUUUUCAAGUCGUUUGACUGUGUCUGAACGGUUAAGGUGCUGCAUAGUUGCUUUCAAAGUGAUGAGGAACAACCUUGAUGCCUUAAACGUUGAUUUACAGGACUUCUUCAUUCAACUCUAUAAUCUCAUACUUGAGUACAGGCCUGGAAGAGAUCAGGGGGAAGUCUUGGCUGAAGCUAUGAAGGUAAUGUUAUGUGAUGAUAGACAACAUGACAUGCAACGGGCUGCUGCAUUCAUUAAACGUCUGGCAUCGUUCUCUUUGUGCUUUGGAGCUGCAGAAUCCAUGGCUGCAUUGGUUACCUUAAAGCAUCUCCUUCAGAAGAAUGUCAAAUGCCGCGAUCUAUUGGAAAAUGAUGCUGGAGGUGGAUCACUUUCAGGUUCUAUCGCGAAAUAUCAGCCAUAUGCUUCAGAUCCAAGCCUAAGUGGUGCAUUUGCAACAGUUCUUUGGGAGUUAACCCUUCUAUCUAAACAUUAUCAUCCAUCUGUGUCAACAAUGGCAUCCGGGAUUUCAACGAUUACCAAUGCUCACGAUCAAGUCUAUCGAUCAAACGUCUCUCCUCAGCAAGCGUUCAUCGACAUGUCGCUUGACAACGAAACCUUCGCUCCAAAAACCAACCAAAAGCAAUCUAACAACAAGCGGAAGAAGGGUAACCGGCUACCACCGUUAGCGGCAGCUGGUGGAGGAGACAUGGUGGACGAGCUGGCGGUGAGAACCAAACUCUCGGAACAUUUUUUGCUCGUUCACGAUGUGGAAGAAAACAGGAGGUUGAGACGGGAAUUGGAACGAACGAAAUUGGGUUUGCAACUUUAUAAAGAGUACAAGAAGCAAAAGAAACAAAGAACCAGAUAGGGUUUGCUUUUCAGUGUGUUUCAAGGGUUACAAAUUUUGUUGUUGAAGAGAAGCAUAAGUAGAUGAAUUUUGAUGAGAGUUGUAGUGAUGGAUGAAUAUUAAUUGAUGGUAUAGAUUCCAUGACAA